UCUUUACGUCAUUUUUCACACAUACAGUCGAAGUUUAUGACAGCAACUGCUACAACAACAACAACGGCGACGACGACGACAACAAGAACGACGACGACAACUGCUACUGCUGCUGCUGCAGAGGCUCAAGGUGACAGUCGCGAUUCGACGUCGUCAAGACAGUCUGAAACAGUGAUCUCGCUUCAGGGUCAGCAACAGCAUCAGGAAGUAGUAACAGGAAAAAUCAAUGAGGGGAAACAACAACAAAGUUCACUCGAGAAAAAGCUAUGGCGACGAAUCGCAGAUAUCAUCAUUCACUAUCUAAAACAAUACUGGUUCCUAGUCGGACUUGGUACAGUCAUUGGCCUUGCUUGGGCAUUUCCUCAAGUCGGCAAGACAAAUGGUGCAAUCGAAGCGCAAUACACCGUGAAAUGGGGUGCUGUCAUUAUUAUUUUCUUGUUGUCAGGACUUGGCUUGGAAGUAAAGGUCAUGUUCCAUACGAUCCUUCGAUGGCGCCUGCAUCUUGUGGUUCAAAUUAUGAACUUCAUAUUCAUGCCCUUUUUCGCUUAUGGUAUUGUGCGCUUCUUCCUCAAAGUCGGUGCCGAUCUGGACAUGUCAGUCUAUCAGGGUUUCAUGAUCGCCUUUUCUACAAGUACCACUGUUUCGUCGAAUGCUGUCAUGACUCGUAAUGCCAAUGGUAACGAUAGCGCUGCUUUGGUGAAUGCUGCCCUUGGCAACGUGCUCGGUAUCUUUGUUUCGCCUGCUCUCAUGCAAGUCUUUGGUGAUGAUACUAAUGUUUUUACGCCGGGAACUCGAGGCACCGUCGAUUAUCUUUCUGUACUCAAGACUUUGGGCUUAACGGUUCUGUUACCACUUGUCGUCGGUCAAGUGAUCCGCUACUUUUUCCCGCGUCAAGUCAAAUAUCUUGCUGCGAAACUUCAUUUCUCCAUCAUCAAUAGUCUGGCACUGCUAUGCAUGGUCUGGUCUGUGUUCUGCGAUGGUGUUGCCAGCAAUGCAUUCCACCAAAUGAGCGGUGCUGAUAUCAUUGCUAUCAUUGGCGUCGACAUCUUCAUGUAUUUGCUUGGUUGCUCUGCAUGUAUUGCUCUGGCGCGUGUUCCAUGGCCAGGAAAGUCCACGCCCAGACUAAUAAAAAAGUGGCGGUUUUCACGUCAAGAUGCAGUGGCCAUCAUGUAUUGUGGAGCCACUAAAACCGUCAGUUUGGGUAUUCCUUUAAUUAAUGUAUUAUACUCUGACAAAAGCUUCGGCAUGGUAGGCGUGCUGUCUUUACCAUUACUAAUGUAUCACAUCAUUCAGUUAUUUAUCGGCAACUUUCAAGUACCUUUCCUCAAGCGAUGGAUCGAGAAAACACUCAAGGAGAUCGAUCAAGAGGAAAGCCCACUGUCAAAUCGCAGUAACAACGAUACCCCUCCUUCAGAAGAAGAAAAUGCGUCCUUACCCAUAAACAGCACGCGACGACGUACAGCAGUAUAGUAUAGCACGAUCAUAUCGUUUGUACUUAUAUAUCUACCUUUAUGUACAGUAGAAGCAUGUAUAAAAGCUUCCAUCUUUUUUUGGACUUCCAUGAAAGAGGUAGUAACAGUAGGAGUAGAGCUAAAAGCCAUUAGAUAUGUUAAUAGAGAUUUCCUAUGCGCACAAAUAUGAAAACGGGAAACGGCUGGAAAAAACUUCCGUUAUAUCUACAUGUAUGCAAAACACAACUUACUUUCUAUGUAUUGAAUGGUC